AUGGGCCAGAUUGGAAAGGGCGGUACGAGGGUGGGACUUGGCGUUGGUGUUUUGGAACAUCAAAGAUGGACAGGGUUUUCGCGGAGGUCGCUCCUCAGAUAUCUCCACAACUACAGAUCGGGGAUCUUCCAAAAUCGAGAAGAUUGGUGCAGGCUAGGUCUCUUCACCUUACAAUUUGUAUGGCAAUUUGGCCCGGGGUUGUGGUGUGAUAGGGGAGAAUGGGGGAUAAUCCCACGCAGGAGUUCCGAACGACGUCUGGUUCACAUUUGGCUGGAUAACUCCACCACCACACGGGGUAUGCGGUCGGCGAUGGGGUCAAAAUGCUCGUAUGAUCGAGGGCUUUUCGAUGGAUCUAUCGGCGGGUUCUUAUUCGAAAAAUCGAGCGAGUUCAUGGUGGAGCGGUUGCAAGCAUAG